AUGAAGCUCACGUUGGCAUUGCUCGCGGUCUUCGCGGUUGGCGCGACCGUCCACGGUGUACCGGUCGCGGGGAAAAAUGGCCUUGAGGAGCACAUCAUGGACUUCCUCAAGAUCCUCCCUAUGGACAAAAUAGAAAACCUCUUCUAUGAUUACUUGUCCGAGGACGAGGACUUUGCCGAGAGCCUGGACUACCUCCAAAGCGAGGAGUUCAAAUCGCUGCUCGUUACGUUCGAGUCCACCGCCGAGUUCAGGGGCUACCUGGACUUUUUGGAGGAAUCCGGGCUCCCGGCUUACGAAUACGUCAACAAGUUCAACGAGCUCCUUGGGGUGGACCCGAUCGCUGCUUUGUUCCGGAUGAGAUCCUCCAGGAUCUCUGGUGGACUCACGGGCUUCAUCAACGACCUGAAGGCCCUGCUGCCCGUUGAUGGGAUAAAACGAUUGUGCAACGAAAAGAUCGCCAAUGUUCCGGAAUUCGCCAAGCUCAUGAAGAGUCUCGAGUCCCAGGAGGCCUACGACCGUUUUAAAAAACUGUUGUCCAACCCCAAUGUCGUGGAGGUGCUCGAGAAGUUUCGGGCCAAGGGAGUUGACAUCAACGCCGUACUCGAGUUCGUCGGCUCGAUCUUUAAUUUCAAGUUUCCCACGUAUCCAGUGCCUAUGAUCUCCAAGAGCCUCAUGGAGCACUUCAAUGACUUCUACGAGCGGCUGAAGAGGGAAGAAAUGGUCAGUCUGUUUUAUGAGUAUGUGGCCAGAGACGCGGACGUCCACAUGACUUUUGAGUACCUCCGGAGCCAGGAGUUCAAAGCAAAAUUCGAGUCCAUCGAAUCAACGCCCGAAUUCAAGGAGCACCUGGACUUUUUUGAAAGUUUCAACAUCCCAGCCUAUGAGUUCGUCAGGGAGUUCAAAAAGUUCUUAGAAAUCGAUUACACGAUUGGCCCCCACUAUUUCUACUAUCCCAUAACUGGAGGACUCCGUGGAUUACUCAAGGACCUCAAAGAACUCGUGCCUUUCUAUACGAUUCGAAAAAUUUACCACGAGAAGUUUGAAAGUGCUCCGGAAUUCGCCGAGUUUAUGAAAAAGCUCUUGUCCGAGGACUACCACCACAUUGUCGCCAAGCUCCUCAGCAACAAGGACAUCCGAGAGUUGAUCAGCAAAGCCGAAGAUAGGGGGGUCGACUUUGAAGCUGUGCGUCAAUACUUUAGAUCCAUCAUCGAAGCUGAACUUCCACCAUUAGAAUUGUACGCAAGUGAAGGUCUUGUGCAAGAGUUGAAAGAUUUCGUAAAGCUGAUACCGGUUCAGGAGUUGGAGAACCUCGUGUACAACUACUUGGCGGAGGACGAGGACUUUGCCGAGGCCCUCGACUUUGUCGUGAGUGAGGAGUUCAAAGGUAAGCUCAUCGCGGUCGAGUCGACUCCCGAGUUCAAAGGUUACCUCAACUUUUUGGAAAAGUCUGGCCUGCCCGCCUAUGAGUACGUCAACAAAUUCAACGCUUUCAUGGGCAUCGAACUCAUAAAGCCACUGCACCGUCUCAUGACGAGCGACAUCUCGGGUGGAUUGCCCGGCUUUGUUCAAGAUGUCAAGGCUCUUCUUCCCAUCGAGGAUAUCAAAAACCUCCAGGAUGAGAAAUUGAGGACUUCCAAGGUUUUCGCGGAAUUUAUCCAGAAUCUACAAUCGGAGGAAGCUUACGGCCUUUUCACCAAGUUGUUCGCCAAUCCUACGAUCCAAGAAACCAUUGUCAGAGUUGAAUCCAAGGGGGUCGACGUUGACGCCAUCCUUGAACUCGUCUCCUCGAUUUUUGGAUUCAAGUUCCCACCGCAAAUCAUCGGAAGUACCAAAACUACCUUAAAAAUGAAGCGCUUUCUGGUGAUACUUGCCCUGUUUGGGGCGGUCCUAGUCAACGCCGUGCCACUCGACAGUUACAGCGCACCACAAGAGUCCGAAGAUCUUCGGGACGAUUUGGAGGACUUUAUUUGGGCCAAAGUGCCCAUAGACCGCCUCGCGGACAAAAUUGUCGACUAUUUGCUCGGAGACCGAGACUUCCAAGACGUCGUCAAGUACAUGUUGAGCGACGAGUUCAGAGAUACCCAAGCGGACAUAGAAAAGCUCCCCGAAAUGAAAGCAGUCCUGCAGUAUCUGGAGAGCGUGGGAAUGGACGUGUACGAGUGGAUCAACGCGUUCCACGAACUGAUUGGACUGCCGCGUAUAGAAAAAUUGAGCGGAGGUGGUUAUAUUACCGGUGGAAUAACGGGACUGAUUAUGGACAUAAAGAGGAUCUUACCUCUCGUUGAGCUGCGCAAGUUGUACGACGAAAAGCUCAAAACGUCGAGGAAAUUCAGGGAAUUCAUCGAGCGACUGGAGACCAAAGAACUUCAGAAUUUUGUGAACGCGCUUGGCAAGCACGAGGGAUUCAACAAGUGGCUCAAAAAACUGCAGGUCAAAGGGGUCGAUUUUGACCAGGUUUUAGAAAUCCUCGGGGCAAUCAUUGGCAUCAAAUUUCCACCGCCACCGCCACCGUCGCGGCUUUUACUUUCGUAA